AUUUAAAAUGAUUUAAAUAUAAGGUCACGGUUUAGGAGAAAAGUGAAUUUGAAGUUUCAAAUCCAAAACGACGCCUACCAGGCCAACCACGAAGCUACAAGUGUCUAGCAUGCUCCCUCAAGCAUGCCAACUCUCUCGCCCCCUAGGACCCGUUGCGCUCUCUGUCCUGUAGUCCGCCUAGGCCUGCUCGUGCCCGCUCCGUUCUCGCGCGUGUAAUCGCCGUGAAACGGGCGAGAGAACGAGCGGUGCGCGCGCGCGCGCUGCCGCGCUCCGCGGGCGCCACCCCCAAGUCUCCGCGCCUUCGCCCGUUUCCGCGGCGCGCCAACAGGGCACCCACCCCCGCCACCCCGGGCGCGAACCACGCCGGCCUUUAAAGCGGCGGAGGAGACGCACGGAGGCGAUCGGCGUAUAGAAGCAAAACACCGUUAGGCACGACCGGCGCCGGGAGAGGGGGUGGAAGUGGAAGCUUCCCUCGCCGAAGCCCCCCCACCCUCCUCCGCCAACGCACCACGCGGCGCGGCGCCGAUGGGGACGGAGGUGCUACGCCCGCACGACUGCCUCGCCCGCGCCAGGCGGCCGCUACGCCCCGGCCCCGCCGGGAGGAGGGCGGCGCGCCACCAGGGCCCGCGCCACGGCGCGCGCGGCGGCGAAGCGCGGGGCCCCUCCGCCGCGGCGGCGGUGACGGCGCCGAGGCAGGUCCGGACCAAGGUGGCGGCCGCGGAGGCGUACGCGGGCCCGGCGUUCGGCGCCAUGUCGCCGUCGCCGCGGGCGCUGCCCCUGCCGCGGUUCCCCGCCAGGACGGCGUCGCCGGCGGCGCCGGGCGUGGACGACGCCGCCACGCGGGAGCUUCGGCGGCUGCUGGGGCUCCACUGACGUAAGACCAGGCGAGUUUGUAAAGAGAGUAAAGGGGGAGGUAGCCAUGGCUGUCCAUGAGCCCAGCAACACGUACGCGCGAGAUUUCAGACGCGUGGUGUCUCAUCCAUCGAUCCGGUCCCGGUUCGCGGCCCCUGUUUCUCCGGCGGUGUUGCCCGGCCGUGCCGUGGCGCGCCGGCUUCAAAAGUGCCCUCCCUUGCCUGAUAUUUUUUGUGAAAGGGCAAAGGGAGGCGAGGAGCGGUGGCUCGGUCGUCAGAGACACACGGGGAGGGAGCUAAACGUGCUACAGGGGAGAGACGCCAUUUUCAUGUCAUGUGGUUAAUUUAAUCUGAUUAUAUUAAAGGAAAAUCUUUAGACAUCCA